AUCAAUUAUGGAGUACCAGCAGCACGUUCUGAUGGUCUACUUUCGUAUUGCUUGUGUGCUUUAAGUAAAGCAUCAUUGAGGCGUAGGCAUAUGUUGAAUGUUACACUGUAAUGAGGGUAAAAGUGAUAUCUGCCCCUCAUACUGUUUCGUUUUGGACGAAUUCAAAGGCUCCCUAUAGUGAGCCCUGUUGUUGACAUGGAAGAGAUUUUAAAGAAAUAGUUCCUGUGUGUCUAUGCUUGGUAAAAUGUUCCUUUUGCCAUUCUUGUUUGUAAGAAAGUUUACAAUGCCAUUGACAAUUUUAUAGCUGCCUUCAGACCUUCUGUGAAAACUGAAAACUGCUUACAUAAGUUUGAGCCAGGAUAGAUAGUACCUCUAAUGUGGCCUCAGUUAUGUAUAGCAGUUUCCUAAUGUUUUUUCUUCCCACAGCCAAGCUGGCAGCUGUCACAAAACAGUACAUGUUGGUAGAGAAUGAUGAAUUGAGCAGCAUCUUUUGACUGCUAUUUUUCAGUCACUUGUAGGCAAUCAGAACCACUUAUUUAUACCUAGUUUGGUGCUUUUUAGAUGAUGCUGCCAUAAAGUAUUUAGCAAACUGCCAGAUUUUGACCCAGAGCUGUUUCAUAUUUCUGUGAGGAUGGCGUGCAAGAAGCAGGUUUUUGGGAACAUUGUAGGACUGCAAGAGGUAAUUUCAUACCUGAAUGGCCAGACAGAUGUUGAGACAGGUGGUGAAAAUGACUAAAGAUAAAGACUGGCAGGAGGAGGCUGACCCUGCUAGCUGGGGCUGGGGUGAGGAGGAGAGCCAUCCUCAGCCAGAGCAGGUCAAGUCAUCACCAGUUGAGGCUGGCCCGGACUGGCUGAAGUCUGCCUGUGUGGCCAUCUCACCUCUUGGGGACAUGCUGGCUGUGGCCAGUGGCCACCAUGUGGUGCUACUGUCUGGCCAGUGGGACUCGGACGCCGACCAGUGGCGGUUCGCGGUGUCGGCCUGGCUGGAGGUGCAGCAGGCGGACGUCACGUGCCUGCUGUGCCUGCCGCUGGCUUCGCACCGGCGCAGCUCGUCCGGCGCCGCCGACUGGACCUGCCUGGUGGUGGGCGACGACGCGGGUCACCUCGCCUUCUACACCGAGGACGGCUCGCUGCUGUUCCGGCAGCGGUUGCACGAGUCGGCCGUGCUCAGCGUCUCCUGCUGCAGCCGUCAGGUGUCGGCCGCCGCCGAGGAGGAGCUCACCGCCGUCCUCGAGGACGUGGUGGUCGUGCUGGACGGCUUUGCGCUCUACCAGACGCUUCGCGCCUGCCGCAACCAGCUGGCGCGUGGUGAGUGGCGCGCCACAAACGCUCGGGACGCGCCAGCAUGA